AUGCAAACCUCAUCAAAGCCAAGCUCCCGACAAAAUGUGAUCAGCGAAAGGGAAAAUCCCCACUCGACGAGUGGUGGCUAUUUCUGUGUAUUGAUGACUCAAACGGGUUGUUGUCUCGGUCUGGCCGCUCUUCUUUACAUCACACUCACGAUAGGCACUGUCGAAAUCCUUUCAUUGUUCCCGAAAACGAGAGCUUACUCCCAGCAAACACCACCCGUUGUCACGGCUGAAGUCUGUUCAAAGGGAUCGAAGGGAUGCACACAAAAGGAUUCAGCGCUCCGAUUUUUGCUGAUUGGUGACACGGGAGGCCUUCCCAUUUACCCCUACACGACAUUGGCUCAGGGUACGGUAAGGGAUACGAUGAUUCGACUCACCGAACAAAAUAAGGUGCAAUUGGUCUUGAAUGUUGGGGAUAACAUCUAUUUCACUGGGGUCGCCAACGAAUUCGAUGCGCGGUUUGAGACUUCUUUCGAAGAAGUUUACAAUCAUCCGAUCUUUGACGGGAUCCCAUUUUUCACCAUUGCCGGCAAUCAUGACCACUUUGGGAAUGUCUCAGCGCAGAUUGCCUACACAAAGUACAGCAGGAAAUGGAUGUACCCCGAUUACUGGUACAAGUUCAACUACACGUUGAGCGAUGGGACGACCAUCGAUUUCCUCAUGAUCGACACAAUUGUGCUGUGUGGCAACACAGCCGACGUGGAGUACGGCGAUUUGUGGGAUCUCUUGUGGAAAGGAAGCAAAGUGCCAGAUGGUCCAAAGGACAAGAAAAUGGCGGAGAAGCAGUGGGAUUGGAUCGCAAAAACGCUGAAUGAGAGCCGAGCUGAUUACCUCUUCGUUGGUGGUCACUACCCGGUCUUCUCGAUGUCAAGUCACGGGCCGACUCAGUGCCUCGUGGAUCGGUUGAAGCCACUUCUCGAGCAAUUCUCAGUCACCGCCUACUUUGCCGGCCAUGAUCACACGUUGCAACAUCUGGAAGUGCCGACAACGGAUCGCCACUCGCACAUCACGUACAUCGUUUCCGGGGCCGCUUCGAGAACCGAUCGAUCGACGAAACACAAGAAUUCGGUGCCACAGGGAUCGAUCAAGUUUAAUUAUCCAAGCGGAUGGAAUCCUUUCUCGCAACUCGGCUUCUCAAGGGGCGCCCUCAUCUAUGUUGAGAUAAACAAAGACCGAGCGAAAUUCGAUUUUCUGAAAGGAAACGGUGAAUCGAAGUACACGAUGAGCUUGAUGUCGAGGAAGAGAUCGGUGAAAUUGGAUGGAGAUGAAGAGGCGAGGACUAUUGAAUUG